UUUGCAUUUCUUCCAACACAACUGUGAUUGAUGGCGUCGAGAAAUAUUUCACUACAGGACACGAUUCGGAUGGUGUUAGAAAAUCCUGAUUCCGACGACGACCUUCGAUCGGACGCUUCUUCGGAGAGACCAGAAGACAUUGAAGAAAUUAUUCCGGACUUUCGAUGCCGGAGGACGACGACUUUGAUGACGAGGAAUGGGAAACGGUUGACAAAUAUGAUGACGGAGAUGAAAGUGGGGAGCAGAAGGGGGGGCACGGAGAUGAACACGUUUAGGCGGAUGACGAAAAUGACGGCGAUCGAGGCGAUGACGACAGCCUGUGUCACAUACUCCUGCUGCCGGCGCGCACUCAGGUGGCCAAUGUGCGAGUUUUUUCACAUGCUGGACAUUUCCUCCUACAGCGCAUUUGUGCUGUUAACGGAGAUCUACCCUGAGUGGAACGUGAAGAAAAGCUACAAGCGCCGACUAUUUCUUGAGGAACUUGGCAAGGCUCUAAUUCGGCCAGAAGUUCUAAAACGGGAACCACCGCCUUCUGCCGAAGGCUUGGGAGAGCAGCGAGUUGGACCCCCAUCCAAGCGCAAACAAUGUGGCCUUUGCACAAAGCCACUUCGGGCUUCGAACAUAAUAAAUAAUAAUUAGGGCUGUCAAACGAUUAAAAUUUUUAAUCGAGUAAAUUACAGCUUAAAAAUUAAUUAAUCGUAAUUAAUCGCAAUUAAUCGCAAUUCAAACCAUCUAUAAAAUAUGCCAUUUUUUUCUGUAAAUUAUUGUUGGAAUGGAAAGAUAAGACAAGAUGGAUAUACAUUCAACAUACGGUACAUAAGGACUGUAUUUGUUUAUUAUAACAAUAAAUCAACAAGAUGUCAUUAACAUUAUUAACUUUCUGUUAAAGUGAUCCAUGGAUAGAAAGACUUGUAGUUCUUAAAAGAUGAAUAUUAGUACAAGUUAUAGAAAUGUUAUAUUAAAACGCCUCUUAAUGUUUUCGUUUUAAUAAAAUUUGUAAAAUUUUCAAUCAAAAAAUAAACUAGUAGCCCUAUUCUGUCCUCAAUGUGUGUGAGUACACAAAUUGACAGAUAGCGAACAUAAGUUCCAAAAAGAAAUCAGACGGUGUGGUAAAGUUGCAUGGGCUUUACUGAAGUCAUCUCUUUUUGACAGGAGCACGUUUCUUGUAUUUUUGUAAAACUGAAAAUAACAAGGCAAUGUGUCAAUAACUUGCAUAAAUCACAAAAUAACAUAAAAUGUACACACACGUGUCCAUUUGGGCAGUAGCACUAGCCAAUUAGCUCACAAGCAUCUAACAAUGUAACUGCAUUUCACCAUAUAUGUGAACAAAUUCAAAUACACAUCAUCAAUAACUAUCUAAUGCUCAUAAAUAUAAACAAAGGAGGAAUAUAACUCACAAGCGAUGCAUGUAUUAGACACAAACAGUGUGAUGGGGCUAUGAGAACUGCCACUGAAUACUGGAUGCGGACGUUAGCUGGUCUGAAUAGCACUGUCUAUUAGUGUGAGUUCGCGUCGACAUAUAAUCACGUCAGAAAAGCGCGCCGAAACCCAAAUAAUCAGCUGCACUGAAUCGCCAGCAGAGGGCGACAUUACGCCACAUAACAUAUGCAAGUCACACCCAAGCGCCAGCAGAGGGCGGAAAAACUCCAUAAAACACAAUUAACAAGGUGGCCUGUCACUGUACUGACAUUUAAAUCUGUCUGAGCGGGCCUAGCGCGUUAAUUGCGUCAAAUAUUUUAACGUGAUUAAUUUUAAAAAUUAAUUAACGCCCGUUAACGCGAUAAUUUUGACAGCCCUAAUAAUAAUACAUUUUAUUUAUAACGCACUUUACAUUUGAAA